GUAGAAACAAUAACACACCAACGACGCCCCAAAAUGAGAGCUUGCCUAUAAAUGUCAGUAAUUUCAGGAGAAAGAUCUAGGCAUCUUUGACAGACUGAGGAUAGAUGUAGCGCACUUUACGGUUGUUUUCCACUGCAGUCUGCAAACUUGUUUCAGGGGAUCUCUUUCAGAUCAGCAGAGAAAGCGAGUGUGAAGAUGCUGCCUUUGUGUCAGCCGUUACACACCAGCUAGUUAAACACAAACAGUCGAGACUUUUUCAGAGACGUCUCAGUCAUUUAAAGGUUUGAUUUGAUCUCCUGCACCCGGCUUAACGGGAGCUAGGAGGAAACCACGCGAGGACUGGCAUGUGGGUCAAUUCUGGAAGCGUCGGAAGGGCCCUCUCCAUGGAUAUAGACACAGAUUAUGAGCGACCCAAUGUGGAGACCAUAAAGUGUGUGGUGGUGGGGGAUAACGCGGUGGGCAAGACUCGGCUGAUCUGCGCCCGUGCUUGCAAUGCCACCCUUACUCAGUACCAGCUGCUUGCCACCCACGUGCCAACUGUCUGGGCCAUCGACCAAUACCGUGUGUGCCAGGAGGUACUGGAGAGGUCACGAGACGUGGUGGACGAGGUCAGUGUCUCUCUCAGGCUGUGGGACACAUUUGGAGAUCAUCACAAAGACAGACGCUUUGCUUAUGGCAGAUCAGAUGUGGUUGUGCUGUGCUUCUCUUUGGCCAAUCCGAACUCCCUGCGUCAUGUCCGCACGAUGUGGUUCCCUGAGAUUAAGCACUUCUGUCCCCGCACUCCGAUCAUCCUGGUGGGCUGCCAGCUGGACCUGCGCUAUGCUGAUCUGGACGCUGUUAACCGGGCUCGCCGGCCUCUGGCCAAACCCAUCAAACCUACAGAUAUCCUGCCCCCAGAACGAGGCCAUGAGGUCGCUAAGGAACUUGGCAUUCCAUACUAUGAAACAAGCAUUGUUGCUCAGUUCGGUGUAAAGGAUGUGUUUGACAAUGCUAUCCGUGCUGCUCUCAUCUCUCGACGCCACCUUCAGUUCUGGAAGUCCCAUUUAAAGAAGGUUCAGCGUCCCCUACUCCAGGCCCCCUUCCUCCCCCCCAGACCACCACGACCUGUGGUGGGCAUCCCCGAUCCUCCUCCCAUGGAUGGAGAAGGUCCGGACUCUCUUUUCUGCCAGCUGUUGUGUGCAGACGUCCUGUUCCUCCUCCAGGCCGGGGCCACUCGUGUCUUUGCCCACAAGAUGUACCUGGCCACUUCCUGCUCAAAGUUCUAUGACCUUUUCACUUUGGACCUUGGAGCGGCAGGGAUGGAGAAGGAUGAUGAGGAGAGCUCGGAGGGGAGUGAGGAAGAGGAGCAGACCCGAAGAGGAGCCAAAGAACAGGCUGGGCGUACCAAGAGCCUGGACAUUGAUAAGGAGGGUGAAGGUGGCACUAGGGGUUCAAAUAGGCUGCUCAUGUUGCAGCAGGGCUCACUGAGGACUUCACAGAGCGAUAACGCUCUGCCUGCCAGGGACCAGGGCUCAUUGGGACCCCUGGGAGCAGGCCGUGCUCUUUUGGGAUGGGGGCGUGGUUUCUUGGGGGUUUACCUGGAGAUGGUGGAUGACCCUGUGACAGGUCGGCCGAGACUCAUGACAGUAGUGUCCAUGGAUGAACUCAUUCAAAAAGGGCCUUUCCAGGCAGUGCUGCAGUACCUAUACACGGGUCACUUGGAUGAGAAACGUGGGGAUCUGAUGCAGGUUGCCACCAUUGCUGAGCUUCUUGAGGUCUUCGACCUGCGUAUGAUGGUGGCCAACGUGCUGAACCGUGAGAGCUUUAUGAACCAGGAGAUCACCAAAGCCUUCCAUGUGCGUCGUGCCAACCGCAUCAAAGAGUGCCUGAGCAAGGGUGCCUUUGCUGAUGUGGUGUUUCGAUUAGAUGACGGAUAUCUGCCAGCCCACAAGCCACUGCUCAUCUCAAGCUGUGAUUGGAUGGCAGCCAUGUUUCGUGGAUCCUUCAUGGAGAGCUAUAUUGAGGAGGUGUCAAUCCCCAACACCAGUUGUGCCUGCAUGAGAGCCGUUCUGGAGUUUCUCUACUGUGGUGUAUUGACACCAUGCCCUGAACUGGAGCCAAUGGACCUCAUAAUACUAGCUAACCGCCUCUGUCUUCCCCGCCUUGUAGCUCUAACAGAGCAACAUGCCAUUGAGGAUCUGUUGCUGUUGUCCGUUAAAGGGGUGGACAUUGAUGGACAUGUGCUGGCCUAUCUGGAGAUGGCUCAGUUCCACAAUGCCAAACAGCUCUCUGCCUGGUGUCUGCAUCACAUCUGCACCAACUACAAUAGUGUUUGUCGCAAGUUUCCUAAAGACAUGAAGACCAUGCUUCCUGAAAAUCAGAAACACUUUGAGAAGCAUCGCUGGCCCCCUGUUUGGUUCCUGAAGGAGGAAGAUCGCUACCUCCGUUCUCAAAAAGAGCGAGAGCGCGAGGAAGAGAUUCUACGCAAGCAGCACACCAAACGGGGCUGGUGCUUCUGGAGACAUCCAUCCUCUUCAGCACCCCACAUUUCCUGAGGGUCUGCCUCCAUCCAUCCAGUCAAACCCCCAAUACCCCUCACCCUCAUUUCAGUCCAGAGGCAUGUAGCCAAGCCUGAGGAGCCCUGUUUUUGCUUCAGUGCGUCCGUCCCGACUGCUGGAAGCCGGGGGCCUCUUUGCCUCUGAGCUUUUGUCUUCCCUCCCUGUGCCAGGCCUUAGCGGGAUGCCGGCCGCAAGAGCUCAGAGCGUGCGUGUCAUUAAACGGGAGAAGGCUUGAAGAAAGUCUUAAAUCUUUCUCACACUAAAUGUUACGUGUUCUGCCGUGCGAAUGCAACAGAUCUUGUCGGAGCAUCAUAUAGGGAACGGCAUCAUUGCAAUGACCUGCUUUCGCCUCUUAAGACUGUUAUUAUUAUACAAGACCGCACACACACACACACGCGCACACACACUCACACCAGCACACCGUCUGAGCGCUGGCGCCCGGGCACACGGAUGCUGCAUGGUGGUGCUGUGUUGAGCUUUUCUCCGUGAGACCUAUUUCUGGGAAAACCGUCAUGUCCAAUACCUACAAGCUGAAACAUAGCUUAGCUUUGAAUACAACUAGCAACUAAAAUGGCGGCAGGGAUAUAUACAUUGUUGUUGUGGUUGUUAAAAUAAAGGGGUGGUAAUUGUCCCCGCCUUCAUUAUCAGUAACAAAUUCUCCAUUUUGGAUCUUCCAUAGCCCCAUAUUGGCUCUGAAUACCAAUUGCGUUGCCUACUGAAGAACUAUUUUUCAAAUCACUUUUCCUGUCACUAACUUUGUUUAUGUGAUAGAACAGAAUGUGUGGGUAGUUCAGGUCUGUCGCUCACAAAAAGGCUCUAGGACAGCACCAAAGACCGACAGGCUAGUCUUUCAAACACAAACGCCUUACCAAAAUCUGCUGAAAUGAAAACUUGACAGCAAGUAAACUAAGAAAUUAGGGCUAUUUUUACCACUGCCAGGAGAGUAUUAAAAGUCACAGCUGUUAGAUGACAUUCUGUUCCAUUGAGUUUUGUGAAAUGACCACUAGCAAGCUCUUCAACUUGCUUGCCUUUCACCUCCACCACUGGGGGGCGCCCAUGCCUUCUGCGUUUACCCUGCUUUAGAAAGUAUUAGCUACUCAUUUGUUUGUCAAUUCCGGGUCAGGUCUUCACAUCCUUGUGAAAUACACUCGUUUUUGUAGCACUAAUUCAUUCUUGGCUAUUGGCGAACCAAAAAGUACGUUGCGCUGCAAAAAACAUGAGGCCAAGGCACUCAAGAAUGUAGGAAAAAAAAUCUAAAAAGCCUUUAUUUAACUUGCGCUGUUUCUUAUUCCUUCACAGCUCCCUUCUGUUAUUCCUCUGCUCCUCUACCUCUGCAGUUUGCCAAUCUAUCUGUCUACUUCCUGUAAUGUUUGAUGAAUUUUUUGAUGUUUGACGCUUCACUUUGCGCUUUACACAUGCAGAUAAAAUUGGUGCUCGGUCAGGAUUAGCCUGCUCAAUGUCACAGCUUUCAACCACUAACACAUUAGCUCUUUAAGGGACGGUCAUACUUGACUUUGAGCAACCACAAUUCGAUACGUCACACGCGUGCGUCUAUACAACGUAUAACAAAUAAUAAUAAAUCUAAAAUGUAAAAAUAUACAAUCUACUCCACAUUCUUUUAAAUUUUGGAAGGUCAGAGUUCACCAAAUUUGAAUUUUGGGAAGCAGUGAAACACAAAACUUGUGUCUCCAGCAUUCACAUCAGUAUGACUGGAAGUGUAGUGUGACCGCCCCUUUACACAAUUUUACCUGUUUUGACACACUUCCCGACAUAAAUAUCCCGACAUAAGCUGUAAAUCAAAAGUGUAUCUUCCUUUUUUGAUCAAAAAGCUUUCAAAAUGUCAAGCUUUUUCUUCAUGCAAGGUCUUGUGGUUAAACUGACAGUUUGGUUCCUGUUUCAGAUCAUUAGCAUCCGACUCCCUUUCGUCUGAAAACAUGAGUGCCUAUGACCAUGUUACACUUUCCCUUCUACGUUCAAGUAUUUUCCGGUGAAGCAUGUUUGUUUUGCCUGUUUCGUGCCUUUUUAACAAAAGUGUUAUUAAUAGCUACUUUGGGAGUGAAUGAGAAAUCAGUGACAUUUUAAGGUUUCUAUGCCACCCUUUUUCUAUUUCUGGCUUUGCUUCCUCAAGGCUGCACCGUGCUUUUCACACCAGACGAGCUGAAAUCAUCAACAGCUACAAAAAUAGACACGCAGAGCCAAUGCGCUCAGACAGGCCGAUCUGCUCACAAAUAAUAAAUAAAUUACAAAAGAAUAGGGAAAAGAGAGCCGUCGCUUACUAUCUAUAUGCUAUCUUUUUGACAAUCACCUGUAAGGGAACUAUUAUAGGUUCAUCCCUGUGAUUUUGCCAAGACAGACAUGUUCCUGGAUCUAUAAUCCUGGAACAACAU